CUUCAACGUCAUCACAUGCUUUCACUCCGAGGCGCACGCCAAACUCCCAGUCACACUUCGCCCUGUUUCGAAGAUACACUCCUCCACUGAAGCUCUCCAUGAGAUAGCAAAGCAGUGUCGAGUCCACCAUGGACGACGAUACAACAGGCGUGUUCGCUAACCGCGACGAACCAAUCCCCGUCGUCAUCACCAACCCCCCCGAACCCACGGCCUCCAACCAGACCUUGAAACCAUAUCCCCAGGAGAAGGCCCGGUCAAGAUCACCAGCCGAAAGACUGCGGACGAAGCUUCAAGACAAACUGGAAGAGCAACUCGCCGACCAAGGUGCCGACGCCACUGCCGACCAGCCCGAAAAGAGCACCAGAAAGAGCAUACAGGACCGGCUGUUCAACAAGAUCUUCGAGCAGUUCAUACCAGAAGACCCCGGCUUCGAAGAUGAAGAUGAAGCCAACGGGCCAAAAGUCAAGGACAGACGAUCACGCAAAUAUGUCGCCCGGCCAAACUUCAGCCUGCCGGUCAUGUCCAACAACUUCAGACGCUUCAACGCGAGAAUCGGCGUCGUCUUCGUCUUCCAAAACCGCGCCAUCCGCCUCUUCUCCUGGGCCGACCCCUCGCACACCCUCUCCUUCCUCGCAAUCUACACCCUCAUCUGCCUAAACCCACACCUCCUCCCCGUCCUCCCCCUCGCCGGCACCCUCUUCUUCAUCAUGGUCCCAGCCUUCCUAACCCGCCAUCCCCCUGCCGCACCCAACUCCUCCUCCUCCUCCUCCUUCGACCCCUCCACAACAGACCUCUACCCCUACCUCGGCCCCCCGACCGCCCCAGCCCGCCACGUCAAGCCCGCGCCAGACUUCAGCAAAGACUUCUUCCGCAACAUGCGCGACCUCCAAAACAGCAUGGAGGACUUCAGCCGCGCACACGACAACGCCAUCGCCCUCAUCGCCCCCCUCACAAACUUCAGUAACGAAGCCCUCAGCUCCUCCGUCUUCCUGCUCGUCUUCGCCGCCGCAUGCGCGCUCUUCGUCGCGUCCGGCCUCGUCCCCUGGCGCGCCGGCGCGCUCCUUCUCGGCUGGGCAGCUACGUGCGCGGGACAUCCCGCCGCGCAACAAGUGCUGCUCUCCAGACGGACGGAGCGCGUCCUGCGCAACGGCGAGCGCGCAGCGAGAAAACGCUUUAAUGUCUUUGCGGCUGCGGACAAUAUCCUUGCGGAGGCGCCGGAGAUGCGCGAGGUGGAGGUGUUUGAGCUGCAGCGGCGGGAGGAGGCGGCGCUGUACGGCGACGAGCGCGCAGCGACGGCGUACGAGCCGUACAUGUUUAGUCCUGCGCCGUACACGCCGCUGUCGCCGGCGCGUAUCUCGGGUGAGAGGCCGCGGGGCACGCGGUUCUUCGAGGACGUGCGCGCGCCGCAGGGCUGGAAGUGGGCGGAUAAGAAGUGGACGCUUGAUUUGCUGAGUACGGAGUGGGUGGGGGAGAGGAUGAUUACCGGGGUCGAGGUUGAGGUUGAGGGCGAGAGGUGGGUUAGUGAUAUCCUGUAUGAUGAAGGUGUGUCGUUGUUGGCGGAGGAGGAUGGGAUGAUGUCGGCGGAUGCUGGCGUGAGUUUGGCGAAGAAGGGCGCCAAGGGGGGCAAGGUGAAGAUCGGGGUGCGGAAGACGUGGGAAGAAGGGAAUGGGACGGGGAGAAAGGGGGAGUGGAGGAGGCGUAGAUGGGUGCGCAUGGUGCAGAGGAAAGUCUAUGGACCGGACAGUAAAGACUGAUGACCUUGCCCGGUACCACGAUGUUGUAGCACUAGAUGAUCAGACAUGAAAAGUCUUUAUAAAUUUCC